UGGCGAUGAUCCUGUUUCAACAUUGCUUGGUGUAGUUUUCAUUAUUUUUUAGUAAUUGUUUAUACUUUAUAUGGCCACGAAGUUUACUUACGUACGUUUUUUCAAAAAUAUCAUAUUUUUCUCAACAAUUACUCAGUAAGCCGUUCAUUAAGCAUUCAAGCUUUUGUUUAUAUUUUGAAGAUUUUGAAGGUAUUCAUUUCAACAAGAGUACUAACCUUACUUUAAGGAUUAUUUUUUAAUAUCAACUGUGAUUUGAAAUUCGUCGAAAUAAAUUAUUUACUUAAAAUGGGAGACACGGAAUUCCAUCGCAAUUCAACGUUCUCGUUUCUUGUCCAUGACUCAGUGUCAUUCGAGUGGAAAAUUAAAAGUUACAACUCGAUUAUCAUGUGCAAUAGACAAAUGAAGAAAAUCCAGUCUCCGCUAUUUUCAUCGAAACCCGAUGAUAAGCGAAAAUGGUAUAUUGAGUUUGUGCCUAAAAAAAUAAUAAGCGGCAGUACAAAAGAAUUGCAUAUAAAAUUGUACAGAACAGACCAAGACCAAAUUUACGUUCAGGCUUGUAUUUUUCUCAAGACUGCAACGAGUGAAAGACUUCUAUUUGACUGCGAUAAUGAGUGUAUUUUAUAUCCGGGACAGUGGAUUUCUUUUCAGGAAAAUAUAGGAGACGUUGCCGAUGAAUUGGGUUGGCACGAGAAUACACCAGACAUUUUAACAAUUGGCGUGGAGAUACGUACAUACUUCCAUUCUGAAGUUACACACUUAACGUCAAUCCCUAAACAAGUGCCACUAAUCGAUAAACAAGUGCCAAUAAUCGAUCUUGAAUCGCGAAGCCUGAUUGCGGAUAUUGCCACGUAUUUUGAAGAUCCAACUUUCAAAGACGUCUCUUUCUUUAUUAGAAAUAAAGAAUUCACUGCUCACAAGAACAUACUCGCAUCGCGUAGUGAAGUUUUCGCGACGAUGUUCAGGGUUAAAAUGAGCGAAGGACUCACUUCAAAAGUCGAAGUUGAAGACAUCGAGCCAGUCAUUUUCGAAAAGAUGCUGCGUUUCAUUUACUCGGAUAAGGUUGACGAUUUAAAGCCUGCAGAGGCAUCUCCGCUAUUUUUUGCAGCACACAAGUACGAUUUAGAAAAACUUAAAAAUAUCUGUAUCAAGUCUUUGUACGAGAAUUUAUCGAUCGAAAAUGUUAUUCAAACUCUGCUACUCGCUGAUUUGUAUUCGCUUGGAAAAUUGAGAGAGAGUGCUAUGAAGUUUUUAGUUUUUCAUCAUAGCAACUUGAGGAAUACGUAUGAAUUUUAUUCAAUGGUACAGUCUCAUCCGCAUUUUGCUCUUGAGUUGCUUCAAUUGCAGGCUAGUAGUAAAUUAUAGUCGAUUUUUCGUAUCGUCCGAUUACUUUAUCAAGAUAAUUUGAAGAUUUGUGACAUAAAAAUGGUUUUGGGGUCCUACAGAUAAUAAGUACGAUCUUUUUUAUAAUAUAAAUGUAUGUUUUUCAUUGCACAAGACGUGGAUAAAGUUGAUACACAGUAUUUUUUAUUAACUGUAAUAAAUAUUUUAUAAUGAGAAAUGUUACAAAGCUUAAUAAAAACAUUUAAAGUG